CGCUGCUGGCUGUAGCGCGGCGGCGAUGGCGGAGAAGACGCUGGAGGCCGUGGGCUGUGCGCUAGGGCCGGGGGCUGUGGCCAUGGCUGUGGCGCUGGAGGACGGGGCGGAGCCCCCUGUGCUGACCACGCACCUGAAGAAGGUGGAGAACCAUAUCACAGAGGCCCAGCGCUUCUCCCAUCUCCCCAAGCGCUCCGCUGUGGACAUCGAGUUCGUGGAGCUGUCCUACUCCGUGCGAGAAGGACCCUGCUGGCGCAAACGCGGUUAUAAGACCCUCCUCAAGUGCCUAUCGGGUAAAUUCUGCCGCCGGGAGCUGAUUGGCAUCAUGGGCCCCUCCGGGGCUGGCAAGUCCACAUUCAUGAACAUCUUGGCAGGAUACAGGGAGUCUGGAAUGAAGGGGCAGAUCUUGGUCAACGGGAGGCCAAGGGAGCUGAGGACGUUCCGCAAGAUGUCCUGCUAUAUCAUGCAGGACGACAUGCUACUGCCGCACCUCACGGUGCUAGAAGCCAUGAUGGUCUCUGCCAACCUGAAGCUGAGUGAGAAGCAGGAGGUGAAGAAAGAACUGGGUGGUGCUGGGGAAGCAGAUACUCUGACGCUGACCUGGGUGCGGUGGGCGCGGGUCCAGGUGACAGAGAUCCUCACAGCGCUGGGCCUGAUGUCCUGCUCACACACGAGGACAGCCCUGCUCUCUGGCGGGCAGAGGAAGCGCCUGGCCAUCGCCCUGGAGCUGGUCAACAACCCACCUGUCAUGUUCUUUGAUGAGCCCACCAGUGGUCUGGACAGCGCUUCUUGUUUCCAAGUGGUCUCACUCAUGAAGUCCUUGGCUCACGGGGGCCGCACUGUCAUCUGCACCAUCCACCAGCCCAGUGCCAAGCUCUUUGAGAUGUUUGACAAGCUCUACAUCCUGAGCCAGGGUCAGUGCAUCUUCAAGGGCGUCGUUACCAACCUGAUCCCUUACCUUAAGGGGCUGGGCUUACACUGCCCCACCUACCACAACCCAGCUGACUUCAUCAUUGAGGUGGCCUCUGGAGAGUACGGAGACCUGAACCCCAUGCUGUUCAGAGCUGUGCAGAGCGGGCUGUGUGCCAUGGCUGAGAAGAAGGGCGGCCCGGAGAAGAACGAGGUCCCUGCCCCCUGUCUCGCUUGCCCUCAGGAAGUGGAUCCCAUUGAGAGCCACACCUUUGCCACCAGCACCCUCACCCAGUUCUGCAUCCUCUUUAGGAGGACCUUCUUGUCCAUUCUCAGGGACACGGUCCUGACCCACCUGCGGUUUGUGUCCCACGUGCUGAUCGGCGUGCUCAUUGGUCUCCUGUACCUGCACAUUGGCGACGACGCCAGCAAGGUCUUCAACAACACCGGCUGCCUCUUCUUCUCCAUGCUGUUCCUCAUGUUUGCUGCCCUCAUGCCAACCGUGCUCACCUUCCCCUUAGAGAUGGCAGUCUUCAUGCGGGAGCACCUCAACUACUGGUACAGCCUCAAAGCGUACUACUUGGCCAAGACCAUGGCCGACGUGCCCUUUCAGGUGGUGUGCCCGGUGGCGUACUGCAGCAUCGUGUACUGGAUGACGGGCCAGCCAGCCGAGACCAGCCGGUUCCUGCUCUUCUCAGCCCUGGCCACCGCCACCGCCUUAGUGGCCCAGUCUCUGGGACUGUUAAUCGGAGCUGCCUCCAACUCCCUACAGGUAGCCACCUUUGUGGGCCCAGUAACUGCCAUCCCCGUCCUCUUGUUCUCUGGAUUCUUUGUUAGCUUCAAGACCAUCCCCACGUAUCUGCAGUGGAGCUCCUACCUCUCCUAUGUCAGGUAUGGCUUUGAGGGGGUGAUCCUGACCAUCUACGGCAUGGAGCGUGAGCAGCUGUCAUGCUUAGAGGAAUCCUGCCAGUUCCAGGACCCGCGGAGCAUCCUGCAAGCGCUGGAUGUGGAGGAUGCCAAGCUCUACAUGGACUUCCUGGUCUUGGGCAUCUUCUUCCUGGCCCUUCGGCUGCUGGCAUACCUUGUGCUCCGUUACCGGGUCAAGUCUGAGAGAUAGAGUCUUGCCCUGGCCUUGCCCAGCCCCCGCAGCAGAAAACUCCCAGCCCCAGCCUUUUGGGGCUGUUUUAACCUUGUAGACUUGGGCACUGGUGGCCCUUGAAUGCUCCAGACUGGCUGUUGGACUGCACUGCCGGCCGCUAGCUGCCAGCCACGGCCCUGGCGUGGGGACUUCGGGCCACCCGCCACGCCCAGGAGCCUUUCCAAGUUCGUGCACUUUGUAGCUUCCUCCCUCACCACCACCUGCAUGCAAAGACCUCUGGGAGGCUGCCACCCUCCUUUCUGUCUGUGGUGCCCCCUCUGUUGUCUGCCUGGGAGCUGCAGCAUCUUUGGGCCUCCACUUACAACUGACCAAAGUGGCCCCCUACUGGGGUCCCCGCUGCACCAGUGUUUGUAAACCGGGCUGCUGCAAGGUUGGAGUUCCAGGGCUGGGCCCUGGUGGGGUGCCCCGGGCGUCUUGUCCUGGAUGUGGUGACUGAGUGGGGAGGGACUCUGAAGUCUCUUCUUCCUCCUACCUCUCUCCCACUCCCAGGCCCUGGCUGACAUGGACAAUCUUCGGGGACAGAAGCUGGAUUUUCUGUCUGGGCCACCACUCCCAAUCCUGGUGAUUGGAGAGGCCCUGGGGUGCUCCGUCCCACUCCGUAUACUUUUGGUUCGGGGCAGGGCUGGGGGCAUUCUGCAAUACUGUCUGUGAUUCUCUCCCACUGGCCACUGAAACUGGAGAGUGCACUUUAUUUUGGAGGGUGACUGGGGGAAGACCCAACCCUCCCUUCUUGCUGCUCCUAACAUAGGGUUCCAUACGCUCCCUCCCCUCUCAGAGUUAGGGCCCUACCUGAAAACAGGCGAUCUCAGCCCUCUACAGGCUCCACCUGGAUGGCACAUAGGAAGAGUGGAGGUGGCGUGGUGGUGGCAGUGGGUGCUGCGGGGAAGUGGUGUCGACCUCCUCCUGGGGGUCCCACAUUGGAAGUGCUAAGGAUGAGGCCGGUGCUGCCCAGGGGGACUCCAGGAUCUAGAGGUGUCCACCCCUCAGUCUUCCUCCUGAGCCAGGGGUGGGACCGGGCAGGCAGGAGCCUCCUGGAGUCAUUCAGGAGCCAACAAGCACAAGCAUAGGCAUAAGUUGGCCGUGGCCCCUGCCACCCCACAGCUCUCCUUUUGUGCUCUAAGCUGGCAUUCUCACUCUCCUACCCCUGCCCAGCCACCUGCCCUUCCCAUCAGCAGGUGGCCCCUGGGCAUCAGAACAACAAACCUUGGGCACGAAGGUGGCAGACACUCCUAGAGCAUGUCUGACUCUCCUGGUGGGCCCAGGAUCAUUCUGAUUUCCCCUCCCCAGGGCUUUCCCCUUACUCCUGUACACACACCUCUCCUGCUCCCCUGAUUCUCCUUACACAGAGAUACCAGUUGUAUUGGUGGGAUUUCACUCAUUAUUAAUAAAACCUAUAUUUAUACAGUA